AGCCUCGUAUGUUUCAUCCUGUUAGUUUCACCUGGAAUAACAGUCAGGAAAGCUGUGACUACGAGGUUGAGAAACUGAUUUGGGGCAGCAUGGGUCGGCUUGAUGGGAAGGUAAUAUUGCUGUCUGCAGCCGCACAAGGGAUUGGACGAGCAGCUGCUAUAGCUUUUGCAAAAGAGGGAGCAAAGGUCAUUGCUACAGACAUCAGUGAGUCCAAGCUGCAAGAACUGGAGGAGUAUUCAGGCAUUCAAACACGGUUGCUGGAUGUCACCAGCAGAGAACAAAUAGAAAAUCUGGCCAAGGAGAUUGAAAGGAUUGAUGUCCUCUGUAAUGUUGCAGGUUUUGUCCAUCACGGAACCAUUCUGGAAUGUGAGGAGACAGACUGGAACUUUACAAUGAACCUCAACGUCCACAGCAUGUAUCUAAUGAUCAAGACGUUCCUUCCAAAGAUGCUUGCACAGAAAUCUGGAAACAUUAUCAACAUGUCUUCUGUGGCAUCCAGCAUUAAAGGAGUUGUAAACCGAUGUGUCUAUAGCACUUCAAAGGCAGCAGUUAUUGGUCUAACCAAGUCUGUAGCUGCUGAUUUCAUUGAAAAAGGCAUCAGAUGCAACUGCAUAUGUCCGGGAACUGUUGACACUCCAUCUCUACGGGAGAGGAUCCAAGCCAGGUCCAACCCAGAACAGGCCCUGAAAGACUUUCUGGCUAGACAGAAGACUGGUAGGAUGGCUACUGCUGAAGAAGUGGCCCACCUCUUUGUGUAUCUGGCCUCUGACGAAACUGCCUACAUGACUGGCAAUGAGCUUAUCAUUGAUGGAGGCUGGAGCUUGUGACUUAUGAAACUUUCAGCUGAAGUUUUCAAUGGAAAUUCACAGUACGAAAGGCAAAUAAUGAAGAGAUGAUCACAUUUCUCUAUUAAUAUAGUCUGCACCAUUUUAAUGACUAAAAUGGUUGACCUUCAAAUAAAAGUCAGUGUAUUU